UUGAUGAUGACGUCAUCCGAGAUCAGAUGACAAAAUGGCUUCUACAGGCGAACUUACACUCGACAGAGAUGUCAGCCGUGCAAUACAGUUACUUCAAAAUCUACAGCAACAGUCUGGGUUGCCAACACAGAAACUGAUUGCUCUCCAGGCUAUCCUAGAAAGCGAUUUCUUCAAUGCUGUGAGGGAAGUGUAUGAACAUGUCCAUGAAACAGUAGACAUACAAGGCGAUCCUGAGGUCAGGGCCAAUGCUACAGCAAAGGCUACUGUAGCAGCCUUUGCAGCGAGUGAAGGCCACGCCCACCCAAGGGUCGUCGAACUUCCCAAGACGGAUGAAGGACUAGGGUUCAAUGUAAUGGGAGGGAGAGAGCAGAACUCGCCUAUCUAUAUCUCAAGGAUUAUUCCAGGCGGUGUGGCCCACCGACAUGGUGGUCUGAAGAGGGGUGAUCAGCUUCUCUCAGUCAAUGGUGUGUCCGUGGAAGGAGAGCAACACGAGAAGGCAGUAGAACUCUUAAAGUCAGCUUCAGAACGAGUCAAGCUUGUUGUUAGAUAUACACCCAAGGUGCUUGAAGAAAUGGAGACCCGGUUUGACAGGCAGAGGGCUGCACGUCGGCGACAGAUGUCACCGGAAUGAACAACACUACCCAGCGAUUGACUUUCAUCUAGCUAUAUUGGAAGCAGAACUUCAUGCAGCGAUCCUUGCCUAUAUAGAACCAACAACUAGGGGUGCUUCAUAGAGACAAAUAACAAUUGAAAAUAGACCAAACUAUGGCAGGUUUUUUUAUUCAACUAAUGUCGAGGUCACAAGUGCAGAAUUGAAAUCUAUUGAGAAUGUGCAUCUUUGUAAGUUCUGAAAUCUGUGUAUGUUGACUUGCAAAGGAUGUGAAUUACCACCAUCAUCACCAUCACCCCCACCACCGUUAUCAUAAGAAUCAACAGCAGCACCAUCAUCAUCAUCAUCAUCGUUAUCACCACCACCACUGUCACUAUAAAAUAAUGUACUUUUGGGCUCAUCAUUAAAUAAGAACCAACAAAAUCAAUUCUGACAAUUUUAAUCAUAUCUAUCGAAACAUACACGCAUGAAGUUAGCCAGCGUGAUGAACAACCUGUCAAAGUCAUCUUUACGCGCCCAGUCCAUUUUUAGUCCCAACUAUUUGUGAAGCGUCCUCUUUGGUGACCUCCCCAGCGUGUGAAGCGACUUCUAUUAGUACAACACUGCUUGAAGCUGCUAUGUAUGUAUUGCACAUCAAACAACAUUUAACAGAUUCGUUUGGUCUAAAAACAGUUGGUCUACUCAGAAUGUUGAAUAACACAAGGGCCAAAUCCAUUUUGUCCACUCUCAGUUGGUCUAAUUAUCAUUCGGUCUAAACUCCUCUUGGUCUAAUCGUCACUUUAUAGUCUGACCAUUCCCAUAAUUGUGUCGUAUCGUUGAUUAAAUAUCCUACGUAUUAGAUUUCACUCAACUGCAGCUUACAAGCCUUAUAUCUGGGCCUGUGACACAGAGCAUAGCUACUAAAUCAUAAAUUGAUUUUUGUGGAUGAUUCUACAUUGUAAUCAAUGCAAUGAAGCAAAAAAAAAUGUUGUUAGAUCAAUGCCUAUGCUGUGUGUUGCAGGCCCCUGGGAGUUGCCAAAUGUUUCUGAAUCGGGAACUGAAGUGUGCAUUUGCAAUGUUUGUCUUUUCUGCUAUUUUAGAUAUCGCUAAAUGUUUUUAAAUGUAUACUAAUCACCUUUUAACAAAAUAUUAAACCCAUCAUUGCCAUUGAAUAUUCAUUGUAGCUAUGUUGUAUUAAUAUCUGAUAGUAAAGCCUAACUAAUUUGCGAUUCUUUACAAAUUGUGAAAAAAGCACAAAAUCACUGUUAUAAUAGUAUGAACAGUUUUUAAUGCUUACUGCGUAGUAUUAACUGUUGGACAAACAAUAUUUUGGUCUGUAACGGGUUGGAGUCCAUAAUAUCUUACAUGUAUCUUUAAUGUGAUGUUCCUAAUAUAUGAUAUGGAAUAUGAAAUUGAUUGAAACUGAGAAUUGUGUCAUGGAUCUCUGGGCUGUUUGAUAAAGCUGAGGGAAUGUUUCGCACGAUAAUAGCCAUGACCGAUGACUUGUUCUUGUGCUGUCAAAAAUAGGCUAGUGCCGUCACAUCGGAUUAUCGCGUCCAGUCGGGCAAUCGCGUAACCCAACCGUUCAACAAAAAUGGGCCCCCUGAAUUCCAGAAAGGUCGGGUCCAGUUUCUCCAACCCUUCGUACAUUUGGCUUGCAAUUUUCAGAAAACGUCAGGUGGACCUGCAGGUUCGUAUAUUUGACUGAUAAUUUUCUCAAAGUGUCCGGUAAACCGACCUUUCUGAAAUUUAGGGGACCCUUUUCUCAAAUGGCCGGGUGAAGCGAUGUGAUGUGGUGACACAAGCCGUCAAAAUAUGAUAUGGAUCGGGAGUUUUACUCAAUUUUUUUAGAAGCAAGGCAUAAAAACUUGGGGUUCCUAAGCACAGACAUCAUGUCACCAGUCUUGUGUAAAGUUUUUCAUAACUUUCAAAAAGCUUUAUGAAACAACCUGUAGUUCUCUUCAAAUGUGUUUGAAGUAUUCAUUCAUUCAUUAUCAUUUCAAGGAAGUUGGCUGGUUUCUUCCGUCGACUUUCCAAGAUCAUAUUUGAGUAAUAUAUAGAGCUGUAGAGAAUAAGGUUAUUUGACAAAGAUUUUCAUAACUAUUCUAAUGAUUGCCAAUAUGUAAAUAUCGCAGAGAGUGAUGAAAUGUUAGUUUCAUGUUAUUUGAAUGAUAUUAGAAUUUGUAUAUUAUUAGUAAUAUUGAUAGGUUUAUAUGUUAUCAUGGAAUUAAUUCAUUGUGCUAGGGGUAAAUAAAGGCAAUUCCGUAAAAUAAUCGACCUUUUUGUACAUCCGACCCCCGUUUUUCUCAAGUCUUACUUCACUUCACAAACUGACCAAGGAAUGAUCCUUUGAGAACAUGACAGACUGUCAAAAGAACAAGAAAUCAGAGACAGAAAAUUUCAUGAAGGUCCCACAUAUAGGGGGGUUGGACGUACAUAUUUAUGGAAUUGCGCAGUAGUAUUAAUGACAAUAGUAUUCUGGUUUUAUAUUGCACUUCUAACAUUGGAAUGCCAUCUGUAAGCUUCUGACGGCAUCCAUUCAUCUCGAGAUACUGACAAUAUUCUGAUUUUGUGUCGCAAUUUUAACAUUGAAACGGCAUCUUUCAGCUCAACAGUCUACAGAUAUGUAAAUGACUCAUAGAUCGGAUAAUGUGUCAGAUUCAGCAUUAUACUCCUUAUUUCAUUUUGGCAUUGAAAGGAAUUUCAGUUCAAAAUCAAAAUAUAUGAUUUUGAUUUGUUUUUUGUUUUUGGUCAGGGGGCGGGGGGUGGCUUUGAUCUUGCCCCACGUUGGUCACAAAUCAUGCUCUCUGGCAGAUCUCACAUUUGAAUAAUGUAAGGACAAAGGCUACUGCAAUUCAUGUUUGAUUCUUCCCUGCAGCCAGUCAUUGCAAGCAGGUUGGUCAGUAUUUUUUAUCAGGGUUGUCUGGGAAAUAAUGAAACAGAGUAUGCCUCAUUGAAAAAAUGAAACAGUAUGCCUCAGUGAUAAAUUUCUAAUUUCAUUUGUAGCUUUCAGAAUUUUCCUUAAUGGGUCUAUUAUUUUGAUAUCUUGUUAUCCAUUCUUUCCAUGAAUAAGUUUAUAUACAUGUUAGAAGGGUGGUGUUUCAUAAAGCUGCACUGCAAAAACUCAGGUGUUGAUUUAACACCAGCCCGGAAUCUAUAUAUGUCCACACCAGAGAAGUAUCGAAACAACAUCAGUUUGUAAUCAAACCGAUGCUGUUUUAAUACUAAUUGGUGUUGUAUAAACACCUAUCUUGUGUUAGACCAAUACCAAGCUGGUGUAGAUUCAGGGCUGGUGUUCAAUCAACACCAGUGUUUUUGCAGUAUGUUUGUAAUUCACGCACGACUGGCAACCCUUUUUGGUGCUAAAGAGGACUGGUGAUCCUUUCUUGGUAGUCCAAUCAGGUUCUCAUUACACUGUCCUAGUCUGCAGGCACAGACCUUGGCUUUCACAUAAUGCAUAAUGGAGUCUGAAGCAGUGAGACUAGUUAUAAUUCAGCUAACACAGACAUAAACUUGGAGUCUUGUCUUGAAAUCCUUCACUAUUGAUGUAUCAUUUGUCACAUUGAAGUCUUCGCUUGCAGGCGAUUCCACUCGUGAACUACAGUUGGAAUAUGAUCUUUGCAAAUUAAAAUUGAUAAUUUGAAAAGAUCAAUUGGAGUCUUCGCUUGCAGGCUAUUCCACUCGUGAACUGCAGUUGAAAUAUGAUCUUUGCAAAUUCACAUUAUCAUUUUUUACUAGCACCUUAUUGGGAAAAAAUGAAUGUAAGUCCAUAGACAUGUUCUCACAUUAUGCUAAAAGAAUUAAAAUUUGGUGUAUUUUAUGAAGCAAAAGAAAGGUUUAUUAGUCGUGCUUAACUUACAAAUGGCUUUAUGAAAUUGCCCCAAAUUGUUUUAGCAUCAGUUUAUUAUGUGCAUGUUAUGGUAGUGUUUAUAAGAUAUGUAUAAGAUUCUUGAAACCAUGUAUAAAUAUUCCUGAUUGAGCAAGUAAUAAAGUAUUAUUAUCACAUAA